AUAACUAGUACUAGACAGAAUGAACUAUGAAGUUCAUUAUGAUUGCUGCAGUAGUUGUUUAUCUGUUUGUUACUUUGUUUACCCAUCUUUCUUCCAUAUGUUAUAGACCGUUAUGGAUCGUCAGCUUAGAUGCUUGCCCGUCUACUCUAUAGAGAGAUUCGGGUUGGAGAAUGAGAGCGAGGGUGCUCUUUCAAUGGACUCUGGUCGCGUUAUCGAUUACAUUAACCAGAUGCUACUAGGGGAUGACGUUGAUGAGAAUAGUGAUGCCUUAUUCUGUGAUCCUACUGCACUAACAGCUGCUGAGAAUUACUUCAAUGAAGCAUUGGGUAAGAAUUCCUCCUCUGACAGCAAUGUCACAAGCCCAAAAGACAUCUCAGUUGUGACCUCCAGUUCUGAUUUUGAACCUGUCACAAACGAUUUUUUAUAUAGCUUUGGAAGUGCUCAUUCGGUUCCAAAUAUAUCUUUUGAUGAUAAAAUUGCGUCCAUUUUGGAAUCACCGAGAUUUGUGGAGGAAGCUAAAAGAUUCUUUCCUGCCAUUAAUCCGAUGGUCAUCAAUUUCGACGAUAAAUACUCACUGCAUUUAGAGACUGAGGAUUUGAACAGAGGUAGUAAGCAUUACCGUCCACGUGAAAGCGGGCUAGAUGAAGAAGAAGAAGAAGAAGAAGAAGAAGAAGAGGAUGAAAGGAGAAGGAAGCAGAGUGCAACUUAUACAGAGGAGGUAGAACUUUCACAGGUGUUUGAUAAGGUUUUGCUGCUUUAUGCUGAUGAUGAUAGUGAUGGUUCUUCAUCUGCAACUAGCAAACAACAGAAAGGGAGAAAAGGUGGCAAAAGGCAUUCAAAUAAGAAAGGUUGUGAAGCUAUUGAUGUUGAUCUCCAGACUCUUUUGAUCAGCUGUGCAAAAUCUGUUGAUGCUUUGGAUUACAGUGCAGCUGUAGAAAAGUUAAAGAAGAUUAGGCAGAACUCUUCGCCUGUCAGGGACGAAAACCAAAGGGUGGCACAUACAUUUGCUGACGCUCUUGAGGCACGGCCGGCUGGAAACGGGGCGCAACUUUCUUCAUCAUAUCACAGCACGAUCAAAGUCCUCAAAUUACUGAAAUCCUACUUCUCAUCAUGUCUUCCAUUUCUGACGAUAUUUAUCUUCUUUGCAAAUGAAAUGAUUUAUGAAGUAGCUUCUAGGGGCGCGUCACUGCAUAUCAUCGAUUUCGGCAUUCUUCAUGGUAUUCAAUGGCCCACUCUUAUUCGGAAUCUUUCACGAAGACCGGGUGGUCCUCCGAAACUUCGAAUCACUGGGAUUGAGCUUCCCCAACCCGGUUUUCGUCCAUCACAAAUGGUAGUGGAGACUGGGUGUCGCUUGGCUAAAUAUUGCGAGCAUUUAGGUGUACCAUUCAAAUACAAUUCCAUCACAACAAAGAAUUGGGAGGCAAUUAAGGUUGAUGACUUGAAACUCGCGAUGGGUGAGGUUGUUGCAGUAAACUGUAACGAUCGACUCAAACGACUACUAGACGAAACAGUAUGCGGUGUGGACUGCCCCCAGGAUGCGGUUUUGAAGUUAAUCCGAGAAGUAAACCCUCAUAUUUUUGUGCAUAGUAUGCUUAGUGCAUCUCACAACUCCCCUUUCUUUCUCAAUCGGUUCCGAGCGGCUCUCACAUACUACUCUAAUCUCUUUGAUCUCUCUAAAGCAUUUUUCCCACGUCAUGAUAUUCAAAGGAUGCACUUCGAGCAACAAUUUAUGGGGCUGGAAAUAGCAAAUAUUGUAGCAUGCGAGGGCGCGGAAAGGUUAGAGAGACCUGAAACAUACAAGCAGUGGCAAUCUCGCACUAUGAGGGUUGGGUUCAAGCCUGUGCCUGUGAGCCCUGUAAUUCUGAAGAAGUUAUGUAAGAUGAAUGAAGCAUAUCACAAAGACUUUAUGCUUCACCAAGAUGGUCAUUGGAUACUUCAGGGGUGGAAAGGUCGGAUUAUUUCGACUAGUGCUGCAUGGGUUACUCACAAGCACUAAUUUGAUGAUUUUGUCAUAGACGGUAAGACUGUCUUUGUGAUUUUUUAUAGUGUUUUACGUAUUGAACUUUAAAUUUAAUUAUAUAGUACAUACUAAUAUGUAAUCUAGCUGCAUCAAUGAUAAGUUGUCUGGGGGAAGUAUAUAUGCUCAAGUGACGAAUAAUCCUGAAAAUGAUGGCUGCAUCAAUGUGGUUCUUCUUGUGUAGAUGAACAACAUGGUAUUGGAAUGUUCAAUUCUGGGUGCUGAAAUUCCUACCUUCGUAUUUGUAUGAAUAGUUUGCUAUCUUGAACUGGUUUUACAUUUUUGAGCAUUGUGCGUGUGACCUGACUUUUAUGUACACUUGGGAACUGUGCAAUAGUAUGAGGUAGCCACUUAUUUGAAGAGUUUUUUCAUACAAGAUUUUACAUGUAAACAGUAACUUUAUCUAUCAGCCACCAGUAGUAAAUGAAAACAAAAUAUG